AUGAAGGACCUUGGUCCUUUGAAAUAUUUUUUGGGCAUUGAAGUUGCUCGUAGUAAAUCAGGUUUGUUUUUGUGUCAACGAAAGUACACCUUGGAUAUUGUUUCUGAAGCAGGGCUAUUGGGUGCGAAACCAAGUGGUUUUCAGAUUGAGCAAAACCACAAGCUUAGUCUUGCUAGUGGUGAGUUACUUGAGGAUCCUGAGUCUUAUCGUAGACUAGUAGGGCGGUUGAUUUAUCUCCCGGUGACUAGACCAGAUUUGGCAUAUUCGGUUCAUAUUCUUUCUCAGUCUAUGCACAAACCUCGGAUUGAGCAUUGGGAAGCAGCUCUCAGGGUGGUUCGUUAUUUAAAGGGUACUCCGGGACAGGGUAUUUUGUUGAGUGGAGAUAGUGACCUGACUUUGCAGGGUUGGUGUGAUUCUGAUUGGGCGGCGUGUCCUCUUACUCGUUGUUCGUUGACUGGUUGGCUCGUUUUUCUUGGUAAAUCACCUAUUUCGUGGAAAACCAAGAAGCAACCCACGAUAUCUUUCUCUUCUUUUAAGGCUGAGUAUCGAUGCAUGGCUUCAACCACACAUGAGUUGAAAUGGUUGAAGGCAUUUCUUUUGAGUUUGGGUGUCCAACUCCCUAAGGCGAUCAAGUUGUUUUGUGAUAAUCAAUCUGCUUUACAUAUAUCUCGAAAUCCAGUUUUUCAUGAACAGGGCUUAAUUGCUCCUUCCUAUGUUUCCACUAAGGAGCAACUUGCAGAUAUUUUCACUAAGGCGCUUGGGAAGUCUCAGUUUGAUCAUCUUCUUUCCAAGUUAGGCAUUUACAAUCCCCAUGCUCCAAAUUGA